AUGGCAUCUGCAGGCACAUCGGGAUUCAACAGAUUCUUGAACUCACCCGUGGGUCCCAAGACGAUUCAUUUUUGGGCGCCCGCCAUGAAGUGGGGUCUGGUCAUCGCCGGCCUCGGUGAUCUGGCUCGGCCUGCCAACCAGAUCUCUGUUAAGCAGCAGCUGUCGCUGGCCGCAACCGGUCUUAUCUGGACCCGCUGGUCCACCAUCAUUACGCCCAAGAACUACAGCUUGGCCACCGUCAACUUUUUCGUCGGGUGCACGGCUGCCUACCAGUUGGCGCGCGUCGCGUUGAGCAAGGAUACUAAGGCUGAGGAGCCCGCAAAGUCGGAAUAA